UGGGCUGCCGAAGUCGUUUUCUGAGGCCGAGAACGGCCGUCGGGCUUGCUGGGGAGAGAGCGAGAGGGGGGCGGCGGUGAGGAAGGGGCGCAGGCCGGACGGAGGUGCCGAAUCGCCCGCCCGUCAUGUCGCUGCACGGGAAGCGCAAGGAGAUCUACAAGUAUGAGGCGCCCUGGACCGUCUACGCCAUGAACUGGAGCGUCCGGCCCGACAAGCGCUUCAGGCUGGCGCUCGGCAGCUUCGUCGAGGAAUACAAUAACAAGGUUCAACUUGUUGGACUAGAUGAGGAAAGCUCAGAGUUCAUUUGUAGGAAUACUUUUGAUCACCCAUAUCCCACUACCAAGCUCAUGUGGAUUCCAGACACCAAAGGGGUUUAUCCAGACCUUUUGGCAACCAGUGGGGACUAUCUGCGUGUGUGGAGAGUGGGUGAAACAGAGACCAGGCUAGAGUGUUUACUGAACAAUAACAAGAAUUCUGACUUCUGUGCUCCACUGACAUCCUUUGAUUGGAAUGAAGUGGAUCCUUACCUGUUGGGCACCUCGAGCAUUGACACAACCUGCACAAUCUGGGGUUUGGAGACCGGCCAGGUCUUAGGAAGAGUGAAUUUGGUGUCAGGCCAUGUCAAGACCCAGCUGAUUGCUCAUGACAAAGAGGUGUAUGAUAUUGCAUUCAGCCGUGCAGGAGGUGGGAGAGACAUGUUUGCUUCUGUUGGUGCUGAUGGCUCAGUACGGAUGUUUGACUUGCGGCACCUGGAGCACAGCACUAUUAUCUAUGAGGAUCCUCAGCAUCACCCAUUGCUCCGUCUUUGCUGGAAUAAACAGGACCCCAAUUACCUUGCUACAAUGGCAAUGGAUGGCAUGGAGGUGGUGAUUCUAGAUGUCAGAGUCCCUUGUACUCCUGUUGCCAGACUGAACAACCACAGAGCAUGUGUGAAUGGCAUUGCUUGGGCACCCCACUCUUCUUGCCAUAUCUGCACAGCAGCGGAUGACCAUCAAGCUCUUAUCUGGGAUAUCCAGCAAAUGCCUCGUGCCAUUGAGGACCCAAUAUUGGCCUAUACAGCAGAAGGAGAAAUCAACAAUGUACAGUGGGCAUCAACCCAACCGGACUGGAUAGCAAUUUGUUACAACAACUGUCUUGAAAUCUUGAGAGUGUAAAAACUGUUGGGCCAUAAAAGAAAAUGAAGCAGGACUCUCCCCUCCCCUCUAAAGUUGAGCAAAACUCCAUCCAGAUGGUGCUAGUGGCUCUCAUCAGUUUGUUCUAGGAAGACUGACAACUGGAGCUGAUGGGUAUAUGUUACUGGCGCUCUUCCCCUAUGUGACAUGAAAAAGCAAGGCUGUGCUGAGCCUUUUGGCCCUUUGGGUUUUUUAAACAUUUCUUUCUAUUAAAGUUAUUGCUAUUGAGGAUGGCUAAUAACUGUUCAGAGUUCUAGUGGUGGGUUACCUAGAUAACUUUCUAUAAGAAUUUAACUUUUUUUUACUUCAUCUACCCACCCAUCAUUUUUGAUGAGUGUUGUAAAGGUAGCCUCUUCACUUAUAGGUUAUGAAUAAAGUUGUACAACUAUAUGCAAAGAUAUGUGGAUGUUGCAAGAACUAUUGUAGAAAGUUUCUCUCCUUCAGAAACUCAACAGACUUUGCAGAAUUGAGCCGUCCCCCUCUUCUCCCCUUCCCUCAUUGUAAUUUUUGUUCUCACCUCACUAGUAGUCCUAGACUGCUGUGAUGUGUGUCUGUCUUCCUAAAGUAAAGUUUGAACUUGGUUGUCAAAUAACCAAUUAUUUUCUGCUGUCUUCUCCCUCUACUUAAAAUCCUCAGUUAAAAGUAAUGUAUAAUAGUGUGGACGUGUCAAGCCUUUAAAUAGAGAAGUACAAUGUUGGUGUGCAUGUGUGUUACUCUCAUUCCUUCUUCCUAGUAAAAAAUAAAAUACAGCCCUUACUAAACAUGUAACCAUCCAUAGCAAGGCACCAAACCUUUUGAGAUGUAUUUUCUUCAACUUUCCAGGAGCUAUUUUCAUCUAAGGACUGUUUCUUAGUUGUGAGAUAUAUUCAACAUAAUUCAAAAUUCUUUUUCUAAAAUAGUAUAGAAAAUGUGCUUAGCUGAAGUGUUGGCACUGUUAAUACAGAAUAGCAUUGUGCUUUCUUAGAACCUUUGUAAUACAACCAGACAAUAAACUUCACUGUAAAAUACACAAGCUUUUCUUCUACAGGUGUAUCAGAAUGCUGCCUCUAGAGACAUCAAGGCUGCCAUAGUACCCACUGCUAAUUUCUCGCCAUUCAUCUCUAGCCUACAAACAUAAAUCAUUUCUUUUCAUCCUUUUCUCAGAAGCUUUCACCCAGCUGGCUUCCUUAAACUUAAAUGGUUGCACAUCUGGCCUCUUCUGAGGCUAAGGAGACAUUGCAAGACCACUGGCGUGCACAGUGACAAAUGUUACUGUUUUAUAGUGCUUGAGUACAGUGGUGGGGAAAUACAGAAAUGUAUCAACUAUUUUUGUUCAAACAGUACUGGCUUACCUUGCUUCAGGAUAAAGUGUGUGUAUGGGGAGGUUGAGCUCUGUCUACACACACACACACACCACUAUCCCCAACUAGUCAAGACAUAGUAGUAUUUUUAGGUUGAUACUGAGCUCCAAAAAGGACUAGAUUUGAUCCAGAUGCUACUGAGCAGUCUGUUCAAUUAGGUUGGGUAGUGUACGUUAGAGGCAAAGAUUUGCAGAUCUGUAGUGUGUGCAAAGAAAUAUUACAGGUGAUAUACAUCAUAUGAAUUCAUCUGAGCUUAAGCUUUUCUAUAAACCAACAGAAAUGUAUAUAAUGUUUGUUCUCUAUUCUCCUGUUAUGGUGACUUCCUAAAGGUGUGAACUUAGUUGCAUGAUUGUAUAAGAAGCUUGGACUACUACUCCUUUCAAAUAAGCAAUAGUGAUCUUAAUGUUUCUUUCUGAAGUCUAGGGAAUUGUAUAUAUUUCCUUAGCCCAAUAUUGUUUGAUAAAAUUAUUGCUGCACUAGCUUUAAUGUUACUUUUAUGUGGCAAAAAGUGGUUAACUUGUUGCAGUAUUCCUUUUUAUUUGUAUGGAAAUAUUAUAAUUGAUUUUGUCUUGGUUUUGAACAGCUGAUUCUUAGAACUGUAUUGAAAUUCUGUAUUUAAAAAAUGUUUUUAGAAGGCUUGAAGUCAAAUGCUAGAAUUUAAAUAUUGAUCUUCUGCUGUAAACCAUGGCUUGUUAAACUUCUGUUUGUGAGGCUAUAUUCUGCCUUAAUUUUAAUUAAAUGGAACAUUUUUAAAUUCUU